AGGUCCUCGCGGCCCCGGGCCGAGGUGCGGGAGGUGGAGGUGCGGGAGGCGACGGAGCGGAGGCCGGGGAGCUGUCCGCGCUCGGACCGGCCCGGGGCACCCGCGGCCCCAUGCUCUUGCCCGGCUCGGCGCGGCCACCCUCGGAGCAGACGCGGCCCAUGAGGCUCCCGGUCCCCACUGAGCACAGCCCCGAAGGAUGUCCCAGCUCUCCUCCACGCUGAAGCGCUACACGGACUCAGCACGCUACGCAGACACCCCUUACGCCAAGUCAGGCUAUGGCUCCUACACCCCCUCCUCCUACGGCGCCACCCUGGCUGCCUCCUUCCUAGAGAAGGAGAAGCGGGGUUUCAAGCCAGGCCCCCCAGCCAGCUUCCUCACCCGGCCCAGUACCUAUGGCCCUUCCUCCAUUCUGGAUUAUGACCGGGGCCGCCCCCUGCUGAGACCAGAUGUCCUCGGGGGUGGUAAGAAGGCGGAGAGCCAGGCUCGAGGCCUCGAGCGGCCAGUAGGGAGCGGACUCAGUGGGGGCAGCGGAUUCCCGUAUGGAGUGACCAGUAGCUCCCUGGGCUACCUGCCUAUGAGUGCCCGGAGCCAGGGGCUGCCCCUGACGCAGAAGAAGUCCAGCAGUCAGCUCGACCUGGCCAGGGACUUCUCCAGCCUGCGGGCCUCGGAGAGCUACCGCCUGGACCCCGGGACCCUGGGCCGCAGCCCCGGGCUGGCCCGCACCCGCCGGGAGCUGUGUGCCCUGCAGGGCCUCUACCAGGCAGCCAGCCGCUCGGAGUACCUGGCCGACUACCUGGAGAACUACGGGCGCAAGGGCAGCAUCCCUCAGCUUCCUGCCCAGGCUCCUCCCUCUCGAGUCCCUGAAGUCCUCAGCCCCACCUACCGACCCAGCGCCCGGUACACUCUGUGGGAGAAGGGGAAGGGCCUGGCCCCUGGGCCCAGCCGCAGCAGCUCCCCAGGACAGGACACCACGAACUCUAAGGGCGCCCAGGGUCUGGCCGGCCUGCGCAACCUUGGGAACACGUGCUUCAUGAACGCCAUCCUGCAGUGCCUGAGCAACACGCGCGAGCUGCGGGACUACUGCCUGCAGCGGCUCUACCUGCGGGACCUCGGCCACGGCAGCCACGCGCACACGGCCCUCAUGGAAGAGUUUGCCAAGCUGAUCCAGGCUGUAUGGACUUCGCCUCUCAAUGACGUGGUGAGCCCCUCAGAGUUCAAGACCCAGAUCCAGAGAUACGCCCCGCGCUUCGUGGGCUAUAAUCAGCAGGAUGCUCAGGAGUUCCUCCGCUUCCUUCUGGAUGGGCUGCACAAUGAGGUAAACCGAGUCACAGUGAGGCCUAAGUCCACCCCUGAGAACCUCGAUCACCUUCCUGAUGACGAGAAAGGGCGGCAGAUGUGGAGGAAAUACCUGGAGCGGGAAGACAGUCGGAUUGGGGAUCUCUUUGUGGGGCAGCUGAAGAGCUCCCUGACCUGCACGGACUGCGGCUACUGCUCCACGGUCUUCGACCCCUUCUGGGACCUCUCGCUGCCCAUCGCGAAGCGGGGCUAUCCCGAGGUGACCUUAAUGGACUGCAUGAGGCUCUUCACCAAAGAGGACGUGCUCGAUGGCGACGAGAAGCCUACGUGCUGCCGCUGCCGCGCCCGGAGGCGGUGCCUAAAGAAGUUCUCCAUCCAGAGGUUCCCCAAGGUCCUGGUGCUCCAUCUGAAACGGUUCUCCGAGUCCAGGGUGCGGACCAGCAAGCUCACAACGUUUGUCAACUUCCCGCUGAGAGACCUGGACUUGAGGGAAUUCGCUUCAGAAAACACCAACCACGCUGUUUACAACCUGUACGCUGUGUCCAAUCACUCCGGAACCACCAUGGGCGGCCACUACACCGCGUACUGCCGGAGCCCGGCCACCGGCGAAUGGCACACGUUCAAUGACUCCAGCGUCACCCCCAUGUCCUCCGGCCAAGUGCGCACCAGCGACGCCUACCUGCUCUUCUACGAGCUGGCCAGCCCGCCCUCCCGCAUGUAGCGGCAGCGCUACCCCCUCCCUGCCGUGGUGGCCCUACGCCCGACGACGUGUUUUUUAAAAAAACAAACAAGCAAACCUGACAAAUAAGAGAAAAAUAAAGUACAUAAAGCUGGGGAGCAGGAGUGGCUGCGGCCUGGGCGCUGGAGCCCACGCCCACAGCGAAGACCCCAGGACCCUCGGCUUCUCCCGCUGCGUCUUUCAGCCUUUGGUUGUUCCCGCGUGAAAGCAGCAGCAGUGGCGCGUGGGAGAGGACCCUCUGCUGCCUGCUCCUCCGAGAGGACGGCGCCCCCGGAGCCUGCGCACCGACUGUCCAGAAGCGAGAGACACCCCAGGAGCCAGGGGCCCGCUCGGCGCGAAGUCCCGGACAGACCAGGGCGCAUCAUGGAAAAAAAGCUGUUGUUGGCUUUUAAAAGCCCAGUUUUUUGUGCCGGCCCUCAAGUGUUCAAACUGGAGACGCCCUCUGCUCCCCUCUGCCCAGCAGGGGCGGCCGGUGGUCUCUCUCUUCAGAUACACGUUUUCUAAGCUCGCCAGGCAGGCGUCCAGGCCCACGCACGGCACCGGAGGCCUGGAUCUAACGAGUUUUGGUUUCUAGGGUUUUUGUUGUUUUCUUUCUUUCUUUUAAUGUUUUGGAUGGAAUCUAGUUGCCUCUAAGAAUUGUGCCUUAUAGCAUUUGGGGACCAGGGGAGUGACUGUCCCUCCCUGAAAUAUCCCACAGCCACUUCCCUUGGCCCCACACCAUGUCCGGACUGACUGGGGGAGGUCGGGCCAUGCCCUUAGCCCCCGGCUGGCUGGCAUCGCAGUGAGAUGGAGAAGAAAGUGGGUGAGAGGAUAUUUCUUGCGAUGUAGUGUAUCAGGUUCCCCUGCCCGCUUCCUCCCCUCACCCCCACCACCACCCAUCACUCCCAGCUGUUUGAAGGACAGCACAGUCCCUGUCCCUAGAGCUCCUCCGCCUUUAACUUAUUCCCUCUUACCCUGCGUUUUCUCCCUGACCUCCGCCCACCCCGCCUUCUCAGAGCCUCCUGCACCGUUUCUCAGGGAUGCCCGCACCACCCUCCCCGGGCACCAGUGCCCAGGCCUGCCCGGGGGUGUGCCCAGGGCGCUGAGACACCUUGCCUCAGCCCCGUGAUGUUUUCCCAGGGGCAGGGUUGGCCCUGAGCAGUCGGCAGACUUCGGUGCUGCCCCAGGAAGUCGGGCUGCUCCUGCACCAGGCAGGGAGCUCUCUGCACCACUCAGUGGCCUGGCUUGUGCCGGGAGCCGAGCCAGCAGCUUCCCGGUGCUCCCAGGAGGAGGCAUCAGGGAGAGACCCCGCACUUCACUGGCCUGACACCCUUCUCUAGGGAAGCCCUGUGGCCCUGAGCCAGGGGCGGCGGACACGUGUUUACUGUGUAAGCAAGAGGAAAGCGGCGAAUGCACGCUGGGCCUCGUAUGGAAGAAAGCCCAGCGCGAGGGAGCCAUGGUCUGGGACGCAAUCUUGGUCGGGAGGCUGUGGACUCGGAGAGCCUCUACUGCCCCAACCAGAGUGCGUUCAGGUCCUGGGAGGCGGGCUGCCCACCUCUUAGUUUACGCGUUUCUAUAAGAGCUGAACCAGUGCACAUUCUGAACACUGUUCAUCUGGACUCGCUGAUAAACAUACUGAUAUUUUAAAUGCCA